GUUGUUUGAAGAAGUUGGACAAUGAGUUUGCUGACUUGCUCAUUACUGUCCAGCAAAGCUGCUACUCCUCUCGUUCUCUCUGAAUGAAAGUCCAGCUUCACAGACGUUAAAACACCCUCCUCCGUGCAACAUCUUUGAGACAUUAGAAGGGGAGGAUUUGCAGACAGAUUAUCAAACCAAAGAUCACAUCAGAAUCUGACAGUCACCUGAUUCAUUGGAAGCAGAAAUGUUUGCCUGUUCUGUGUGCUUCAAAAGGUUUUAAACUGAAGUGUGACCGGAAAAGCACCAACACACACACACACACACACACACACACACACAUGACUGUGAGUGUUCCAGUGCACUAACAGUGGAAGGAGCUUUAACUAGUUACAAAGCCUGAAAAAACACACCAUUCAUAGCGGAGAGCGACCAUACUCAUGUGUGUGUGGACAAGUUUUCAACUGAGCGACAAACCUGGGGAGAUACAAGGACACCCUCACCAUGGAGAAACCAUGGAAAUGUUGGGAGUGUGCGACGGGAUUCCGUACUCCGUCUGCACUGGAAAUUCAUCGACGGAUUCACACCGGAGAGAAGCCGUUCAUCUGCUCCAUGUGUGGAAAGGGAUUCACACACUCAUCCCACCUGUUUACACAUCAGCAAGUUCACACUGGGGAGAGGCCAUUCACCUGCACUGAGUGUGGGAAGGGAUUCACUUGCUCAUCCCACCUGCAGACACACCAGCAAGUUCACGCCGGGGAGAGGCCAUUCACCUGCUCUGUGUGUGGGAAGGGAUUCAGUGAAUCAUCCACCCUGCAGAGUCACCGUGCAGUUCAUACUGGGGAGAGGCCAUUCAUCUGCUCUGUGCGCAAGAAGGGAUUCACUCGGUUAACCAACAUGCUGCGACACCAGAUGGCUCACACUGAAGAGAGGCCAUUUACCUGCUCCGUGUGUGGGAAGGGAUUCACUCAGUCGACCAGUCUACGGACACACCGACAUGUUCACACUGGAGAGAGGCCAUUCAGCUGCAAGAAGUGUGGGAAGGGAUUCACACACUCAUCCAGCCUGUGGAAGCACCAGCGAUUUCACACCGGGGAGAGGCCAUUCACCUGCUGUCUGUGUGAGAAAGGAUUCAGUGAGUCAUCCCACCUGCUGAGACAUCAGCGAGUUCACACCAGGGAGAGGCCAUUCACCUGCUCUGAAUGUACGAAGGUAUUCGCUGAUUCAUCCAGCCUGCGAAGGCACCAGCGAGCUCACACAGAGGAGAGAGACUGUUCAUCUGUUCUGAGUGUGGGAAAGGAUUCACUGAGUCAGCCAACUGGCUGAGAUCCCAUGGCAGUCACACUGAUUAGAGACAUUUUAGAUACUCCAACUGCACGUGUUAAUUGUAUCAAUGGAGGUUAAGUAUAUUCAGAUGGAGGGCCUGUUUGGAUGGUUACAUGAGUGCAAAGACAGAGACACUUACUGACAGAGCGUGGAGUGGAGUUAGGAGGUUAAUGUUUCAUUCGGUGAAUAAAUCUAUACCAAGUAAGGAUUGAUUCCAGUUUCUUCCUUCACCAUAAGGCUGUCAGGAUUAUAACAUGAUAACUGAGAAUGAUUGUCUAAUGGUAAAGUUUGGCAACUCAAAGAAAAUAAGAUUUCAGAUAGAGGCUUACAAUCCUAGCAGUUUUAGCGAAGAAUGGCUGAAAGCAAGUGGAAAUUCUCAGGGCCUGAUUAGUUGUUGAUGUUCUCAGAGUCUGAGCCAUACAACCAGUGGAAGAAUGAAGUAGAUAUUUGGACAUGGGUUACGUCCCAACCAAGGAGGAAACAAAGUCUGGCCUUGGCAUUGCCACUUCCUAACUAAAGUAAAAUCAGAAGCAGAAGUAUUUUGUGAGCUAGAUACCCGUCAGUUGGAUACUAAUGAAGGUUUGGCUCUUCUAUUAGGGUUCAUUGAAGAAAUUUACAAGAAAGAUGAUCAAAUUGGAUGCCAAUGAAGCAUAGUCAGACUUGGACAGAUUUCGAAUGAGGUUGAAAGCAUCUUUAGCAGAUCUGGAUUGGAACAGCACUGGAAUGACACUGGGAACAAUUAACAGGUGUUAGGUCUGACUCAAAAUAUGAUGAUCAUUUUGCCACUGGACACAGAGCGAGAUAAGGCAACUAACUUUUUGGAAAGUCAGUGGAUCUGCAGCCUACUCAAUCAGGACAUUAUCGUAUCCCCUUAACAAUACCUGAUGUUUCUAAUCAGAGUAUUUAAGAAGGAUUAAUGGA